AUUUGCAAUUAGUGAAGUUUGGAGAUAGAUAAACAGAUGAUAGAAAGAGACCCUUGUGAGAGAGUUUUCCUUUGUUGCAUUCUUCACUCUUUGUUAAUUUGUUAGGUCUCUAUCGGUUGUGGGUAGAGGUGGCAGUAGAGAGACUCAUUUCCUUUCCUUUUUCUUUCUUCUUGGUCUGCCAUUUUUCCGCUCACAAGGCUUCCCCACCAAUUCAGCUCACCCUGACAGUGAUCACAAAUUCUAUUCUUUGCGAGAAAACAAAGAGAUCCAUCUAAUAGAGUAAGAGAAGAAGAAGAACAACAGCUAUAUAUCAUUCAUUUGUUCUUUCAAUUCUUUCCCUUCUUAUUUAACCUUUUCCACUACUUCUUCCACUCUCCAUCCUCACCUUUCUUCUGCCUCUUUCUUUCUCACCCUUUUUCCAAAGGGAUCCACUUCAAAAACCACGUGUCACGUUGCUUCUGUUCUAUGUUUAUGAGUAACUUCUGAGUUUCUUCAUUCUCUUUUCUUGUUGCAUUGAAUAUCUGUGUCUGAUUCGGUCAAGUUGAGAGAGAUAUAUCAUAUAUAUAUAUAUAUAUAUAUAUAUAUAUAUAUACCAGCUUAGUUAACUUAACUUUCAUAUCAUAUCUCAUGUCAAAGGCCAAUUCAUUUUUCUGACUGCACCACCUUGAUCUGUGGCUUCCAAGACAAAAAGGACUCAAAAGAGAGAGGGAAAAUAUGAAUAAUUUUUCCCAUGUUCCCCCCGGUUUUAGGUUCCACCCCACUGAUGAAGAACUUGUUGAUUACUACCUAAGGAAGAAAGUUACCUCAAGGAGGAUUGACCUCGAUGUCAUAAAAGAUGUUGACCUCUAUAAAAUUGAGCCAUGGGAUCUUCAAGAGCUUUGCAGAAUAGGAACAGAAGAGCAAAAUGAAUGGUACUUCUUUAGCCAUAAAGAUAAGAAGUAUCCUACUGGAACUCGCACAAAUAGAGCAACAGCAGCAGGGUUUUGGAAAGCAACUGGAAGAGACAAAGCAAUCUAUUCAAAGCAUGACUUGAUAGGGAUGAGGAAAACCCUAGUCUUUUAUAAAGGUCGAGCCCCCAAUGGACAAAAAUCAGAUUGGAUCAUGCACGAGUAUCGACUUGAAACAGAUGAAAAUGGCACUCCACAGGAAGAAGGAUGGGUUGUGUGUAGAGUAUUCAAAAAGAGACUAACAACCAUGCGUAAAUUGAGUGAGCAUGAUUCUCCCUGUUGGUAUGAUGACCAAGUCUCUUUCAUGCAAGACUUGGACUCACCAAAGCAAACCUCUCAACCUAAUUUGCCCUACCAGUUACCAUAUCCUUGCAAGAAAGAGUUAGAUUUGCAAUACCAUUUACCUCUCUCCCAGCUUCCAUUGGAGAACCAAAAAUUACUUCAAUCAAUGACACCAUAUGGUAUAGAUCAAGAAAACCAUGCUAUGAUCAUGCAUCAAGUUCAACACUCUGGUCAACAAAAUUUUCAGGCAGUGUUUGGAAACAGUUCCAAUGAGCAAGUGGCUGAUUGGAGAGCUCUAGACAAGUAUGUUGCUUCACAGCUUAGUCAAGAAGAUGCAUCCAAAGACAAUAGUUACUCAAACACAGGCAACAUCUUUCAUGUGAAGAACAACAGCAAUGUUGAACAGUUGAGGGACUUGGACAAGGAAGAAAUGAUGCCUGAAAACGCCUCAACAUCAAACUCAAGCUGUCCAAUUGACAUGUGGAAAUAGUGGCUUCAUUUUGGGUUUAUACUAAUAAUAGGGAUACUUAAUUAGAUAAUAUUGAAAUAAUGAAAAUACAGUAUAAUUUCUUGUACAUAAUAAAUGAAAUCAACAUGACAUUAAAUCUAGUGCAUGUGAAGGCUUCACUUCUAGCUAGCGACUAGCUGGCAUUAUAAGUUAAAACAUGUUGAAGUAGCCAAAUAAUUAGUAUAAAGUGAUCUUUUAGUUAUUGUGUGGUUUAAAGUGAUGGGCUCUAGCUACUACUCCAGCUGUUCUAUGUUUGUAUGUCACAUUCAAAUUAAUUAGUUAUAGAAUAAAUAAUUCUUUAUC